UACCUCUCCCCGUAGCCGUGAGUGGCCGACCAGGGCUUUACCUCCGUCGAAGUCUGGCGUUUGGAGACGAUGAAUUGUGGUCCCGCUGGCUUAGGCUGCGAAAUCGUGGAACGCAUUCAGAAUGGUUCAGCGUUUGACAUAUCGUCGUAGGCUGUCCUACAAUACAGCCUCUAACAAAACUAGGCUGUCCCGAACCCCUGGCAAUAGAAUUGUUUAUCUUUAUACUAAGAAGGUUGGGAAAGCACCAAAAUCCGCUUGUGGUGUGUGCCCUGGCCGACUUCGAGGAGUUCGUGCUGUAAGACCUAAAGUUCUUAUGAGGUUGUCUAAAACAAAAAAACACGUCAGCAGGGCCUAUGGUGGUUCCAUGUGUGCUAAAUGUGUCCGUGACAGGAUCAAGCGUGCUUUCCUUAUUGAGGAGCAGAAAAUUGUUGUGAAAGUAUUGAAGGCACAAGCACAGAGUCAGAAAGCUAAAUAAAAAACGCUUUUUUUUGAGAAAUAAUACAUGUUUAUUGUUUUAAGCCAUUAA